AUUUUAGUUGCGCUGUAGGCAGUCGUCCGUUCGGUUUUUAAAUUAAUUAUUGUUUACAAUUACGAUAGUCAAAAGAGUUCUUAUUAAUUAUCGGAUCGUUGGGUAUUAACCAAUAAUAAAUAAUUUUCCAAAAGCGAUAGAAAAUCAUGGAUCUCCUAAGGACGAUUUGCGUUUAUAUCCGAAUCUUCUUAGACAGUGUGGUCGAUUUCUUUUACUCUCUCUAUUGGGAUAAUAAAAAGGCUGUCAUACCAAAUGUAGAGAAGAAACACGCAUUCCUUGCUGAAAGCGCAACGAGUUUGGCGAGGAAGAUUAAACAAAAGGAGUUGAAAUCAGAGGAAUUAGUGCAAGCAGUUAUUGAGAGAAUAAAGCAGGUGAAUCCACAUUUGAAUGCAAUAGCGGCGGAUAGGUAUGAUGCUGCACUGAAGGAAGCGAGAGAAAUUGACAGAAAAAUAGCUGAUGGGCUCUCGGAGGAAUUUGCGAAUAAACCGUUCUUAGGUGUUCCAUUCACGGCAAAAGAGAGCCAGGGUAUAGAGGGAAUGCCGUUGACAAUGGGUCUUUGGUGCCGGCGCAAUGAGAAGGCGACUGCAGACAGUGAAGCUGUCAUAAGACUAAAAGAAGCUGGUGCUAUACCCAUUGCUAGUACGAAUUUACCAGAAAUGCUUAUAUGGCAAGAAACUCGUAACCCUGUGUAUGGUAUGACAAACAACCCUCACCACACCGGGCGCACUCCCGGUGGAUCGAGUGGAGCUGAGGCUGCGUUAACUGCCAGCUACGCUACUAUUGUAAGUUUAUGUUCAGACAUUGGCGGUUCAACGCGUAUGCCAGCUUUUUACUGUGGAGUAUUCGGCCACCAUCCCACGGCUGGUACUACUAACACGAAAGGAUCCUUCUAUCGAACAGGUGAAGAAGACAGCAUGUACUGUCUAGGGUUCAUAUCGAAGCACGUUGAAGAUCUCGCUCCAUUGACAAAAGUUGUCGCAGGAGACAAAGCUAGCCUGUUAAAGCUAGACAGAAAAAUAGAUAUAAAGGACAUAAAGUUUUAUUAUUUGGAUACCAGUAAGGAUUGUCUUGUGAGUCCCUUGAGACCAGAAAUGACAGACGCUAUGCAGAGGGUUAUUUGUAAAAUCAAUGAGAACUUGAAUACAACUGUUCAGCCCUACUACCACAAGGGCUUUAACUAUAUGUACAAGAUUUGGAGCUACUGGAUGUCCAAGGAACCGGAAGAUUUUCCAAGAAUGUUAACGAAUAACGCUGGUAAAGUGAACGGUGUUCUAGAACUAUUCAAAAAGAUGCUCGGCCUCAGCAAGCUUUGCUUAUUUAGCAUAUUACGUGUACUAGAAAUGCAGGUGUUGCCAAAACCUCAAGAGGAAUGGUCGGAGGAGAUAACGAAAAGCUUGAAGGAUGAUUUGUUUACCAAGCUAGGAGAUGACGGUGUAUUGCUAUUUCCGAGUGGGCCUCAAGCGGCUCCCUAUCACUACUCGUUCUUCUUCCGUCCAUACAACUUCGCAUACUGGGCUAUCGUCAAUGCACUAAAAUGUCCCGCUACACAGGUACCUAUAGGAAAGAAUAGUCAAGAUCUACCGAUUGGCAUCCAAGUAUUAGCAGCGCCGUAUAACGAUGCUCUCUGCUUAACCGUUGCGAAAUACUUAGAAACAGAAUUUGGUGGCGCCGUAACAGCUUGUAAAGUUAAAACAAGUUAGACAUAUGAUAAAUACAUACAAUAAUGGAUUUUUGCUUUUAUUUUUUUAUGGUCGAUGUGGUCAAUUAUUGUCAGCUUAUAUUAAGACUGUUAAAAGUAAAUUUAUACGAAAUA